AUGGGGGAGGAGGAGAUGUGUGCAAUAAAUAUAUCAAAUGUGUGCACAGCUUGGUGUCCCGCGGGCUGCGGGCCCGGCCGGUGCGUGCCGCCCGGUCGCUGCGAGUGCCCCCCGGGCAGGGCCGGGCCUCGCUGCUGGGACCUCCAGUGCGGCACCGGCGCCGACAGCGUCGUCUGCCGGAACGGCGGCCACUGCGGACCCGACGGCUCCUGCGUCUGUGCCGACGGCUGGACCGGACGCGGCUGCGCCACGCCGGUGUGUGAGCCGGCCUGCCAGCACGGAGGGACGUGCAUCAAGCCACGCACCUGCCACUGCCCGCCAGCCACCAGCGGCGACCACUGUCAACACUUCUGGUGCCGCGACGCGUGCCUGAACGGCGGCCAGUGCGUGGGGCCGGACCAGUGCGAGUGCCCGCACAACAGCAGCGGCCCCACCUGCGGCACGCCCGUCUGCGACCCGCCCUGCGAGAACGGCGCCACCUGCCAGCCCGGAAACACCUGCCUCUGCGACGCCGUCUUCACCGGCACACGCUGCGAGAAGAGGAAGUGCGAGUUCCGGCCGCUGCAGGAGCCGUACACCCGGGGCUUCCGGCGCCUGGUGGCGGGCGCCGCCCCUGCAGACGCCGCCCCCCAACCGCAAGCGCGCUACCAGACGCUGUACAAGACCUUCUACCGCACCGUCUACCGCUGCGCAGACGAGGGGCGACAGUAA